GAUAAAAAUUAAAAAUGAAAACCGAAUGAUAAGCAAAUGAAAUCGCCGCUCGUGAAGAUUUUUGAAUCAUUUUACAUGCAUUGACUAUCUAAAAUUUUAGUCAUCAUCUUCAAAUGCUUCUCUAGUGUGGUUUACAUCGAUAUUCCAAGCUAAUCUCUCAUCAUGGCGAAUAUAGCCGCUGAAUUGAAACAAUUCUUCUCUCAAAAAUCUCUUCGUACCUUCCUCGGCGCCGUAAAACCUUGCAACAAGAAGGACACUAUCAGAGUAGUAGUUACAGAAUUAAAACUAGAUGAACAUUUGACCGCAUACUUCAAACAUAUGGACACCUAUUACGCUCACGAUCCUAAUAAGGUAUGUAAAACCGGAGAUAUCGUACUUAUAAAAGAGCUUAAAGAGAAGAAAACCAAAUUAAUCACACACGAAGUUAUGAAAGUAAUAUACCCUCUUGGAGAUACCACUUGUCCUCUAACUGGAAAGAAAGUUGUUACUGUGAAAUACGGUGUACCAAGAUACAGGGAAGAUUUGGAUAAAUUGAGUAAAUUGUACGGUGAGAAUCCGACUGGAUUUAAAUACAAAGAUGCUCCUGCCAGAGGCUGGCAAGAAGGAAAACGUGAUUUCAGUCAUUUAGAAAUACUUCCUAAAUAUCACGAAGAUGACGAAGGACCUCAUUUAGCUGAUGUUUAAGAUAUUUUUAUACGUAGCUUGUGUAAUUUGUUUUCAUUUCGGUUAAUAUAUGUUUUAAUAUUU